CCCCGCCCCUGGAGGGACUCACGGGCCGUCCGGACGCGGUGCCGAGGGAGCUGCUGGCGGCGGGGCAGGCCCGGUCCCGCUCCCGCUCCUCCCGAGGCCCGGGCCGGGGGCAGGGCCGGGGCAGGGCCCGACCCGCUCCGCCCGAGCAGCCGCCGCAGGCCCCGCCUGGCCCCUCCGCGCCGCCGUCGGGCCCCGUGAGCGCGCGGCCAUGGCGGGCGGGCGGUACCGGCGCUUCCUGCGGCUCUGCGAGGAGUGGCCGCUGGAGGAGACCAAGCGGCAGCGCGACCUGGGCGCGUUCCUGCGGCAGCGGGUGGCCCAGGCCUUCCGCGAGGGCGAGAACACACAGAUUGCUGACCCCGAGACCUGCGACAGGAUGUACGAGAGCUUGGUCAGGAUCCACACCAACUACUACAAGAACAAGUAUCCACGCCUGAAAGACACAAGCUUCACUGGAGUGACAGUGGAAGAUUGCAAGAUGAUCCUAGCAACAGACAUUAUGGAGCAGAUGGAAGACAUGAAGAAAGGGACAUGGAGAAAACUGCGAGAAAAGUUUUCUGCCAAGAAACCUGAAGAGGACUCCAAGUGACAGGCAAACUCCCAGGUUCUCCACUGUAUAUAUUCCCAAAGCACUGUGUGUUGCCCUGAUGAAUAAAGCCAUUUAUUCCUCUUA